GUUCGCGCAACUCAGUCGCCCAACACGGAGCUGUCAGACGAAAAGCGCGCGUAAAUUUGACAUAUUACUUUUUUUUGACGCGUGGCGCUCGUAAGGUGUUAUAAUGAAGUACUUUAUUGUUUUGGCUGUUUUCGCCUUGGCCUUUGCCGCUGAAGAGAAGAAAGAAGAUGAUGAUUCAAAGACUUUCAAACGGCUGAUCCCUGCUGAUGUUUUGAGAGAUUUUCCCGGUCUCUGCUUCGCGUCAACUCGUUGCGCGACCGUCGAACCUGGUAACUCCUGGGACCUGGCUCCAUUCUGUGGCCGCAGCAGCUGCGUCAUCAGCGAAGACGAGCCCCCAAGGCUGUUGGAGCUUGUAGAGGACUGUGGACCUCUACCAUUGGCCAACCCCAAGUGCAAACUUGAUACUGAAAAAACAAACAAGACAGCUCCUUUCCCCGGAUGUUGUCCACAAUUCACCUGCGAGGAUGGCGUCAAAUUGGAGUACCCUGAACUCCCAACUCCUCCCCCAGAAGAAAAGAAAGAUGAGAAAAAGAGUGCCUAAAUUAAGACUUAGAUAAGAACGCGGCAAACAUUUUUCGUAACGUUUUUCGAAAUUCAAAAAUAAAUUUCAUAAUUGACAAAAGCCCCCGCGUUAAUACUGUCAACUGUCAAUUCUGACAUCCGUUCCUAAUGCGUUUUCGAAACUUCAAUUGAAAAAACUUUCCGCUUUCUAGUUUCUAUGCACAAUGAACAAUUGAAAUCCGGACACAUCCUUUUCCUGUUCUUUCAGAAACAUUAGUUUUAUUUUUUAGAAGUAAAUCGGCCUUUUUUUACUUGAAUACCUGCCUGUUAUAAGUAAAUGUGAUAUUGAUAUUAAUAGAAAAGUUAU